UAAAUAUAGUGUGUAUAAAGAAUAUCUAUAAAUUAUCACGUUGAUCAGCUGAGAGAAUAUUUUCAAUAUAGUUGUAACGAGUUAUCUGUCGUAUAUAUAACAUUAUAAAUUUAUAUAUUAUAAAAAAUGUAUAGUAUAUAUGGAGUAAAUUAAAAUACAUGUUUUUCAGUAAUUUUAAAUAUAUUUUGAAAGGUUAUGUGAUUAUGAUUCUUAAAGUACAUCUAAAUUUUUUGUUCAUAAAUAUUAAAAAGUGGUAUGUUUGUUGCGCUUUAUAAGCGUCAAUAUUAUAUAAAAAAUUAAGAAUGGAACGAAAUGGCGCGAGAGAAAUGGAAGAACGAAUGUGCAUAAGAGAUACUGGAAAAACACUGAAAAAAUAUGGUAGUACAGCUAAACAUAUUACAAGAAAUGAAAAUUUAUUAAAACAUACUGUAUCAACAACUGAUACUCUUCAAGGAAUUGCUCUAAAAUAUGGAGUUACAACUGAACAAAUAAGAAGAGUGAACAGAUUAUGGGCUUCUGAUAGUUUAUUCUUACGGGAACAUUUAUUUAUUCCUAUUAAUCCAGAAAGUCCAUUAUCAUUAGAUAAUACUGAAGAAAUUGAACAUAAUAUAGUUCAAAAUGUUUCUAGUCCAUCUUCAAUAACAUCAUCUAUAGAUGAUGAUAGUUCAGUUAAUGAUUUUUUAGCUAAAAUGGAUUCUUCAAUAGCCAAUGUUAAAAAAGAAGUUAAACGUACUCAGGGGAAUAGUGAAUUUUGCACUGAGGAUAAUGAUGUUUAUGUACAAUCACAUAGAACAUCUUCUAAAUUACGUAAUUCGUUUCCUAUAACUUCAAAUAUAUAUACAGUACCAUCUGCUUCAGAAUCAUUAAGACCAUCUUCUAGUGACAUGCAUAACUUUCCAACUGCUGUAGUUAUGACUCAGGGUAGAAAAGUGAAAACAUCAUUACAAAGACUUCAACAACAGCAAGAUGAAAUAUUCCAGUUGUAGCAAUCAAAUUUUAUUGGACUGUAAUAUAUUUAACACUGACAGUGACAUUAAAAAGUUUGAACAAAAGAUAUAUUGAAUACUGAAUAAUAUAUUGGAAAUAGUAGAAAGCUAUUUCAUAUUUAAAAUUGGUUGAUCCAAUAUUAAUGUAAGUUGUAUUUAUUUUUUUUUUUUUUCAUAAAUUUUUUAUUAUAUUUUAAACACAUACUACAAAUAUUAGAAAUAUUUAUAUAAAAUAAUAUUUAUUAUUUCUAUUCUUGUAGUCUGAAUAUCAUCAAUGGAUCAACAUAACUCUCAUAUUGUCCAAGCAUAUUUUUAAAAUUGUUCAAAUAAUAUUUCUUAGUAAACCAUAUGUGCCUUUAAUCCAAGUUGAUUGUGUAUUUCUGUUAUUUUUAUAAAAUAUAUACAUAUUUUAUGUUAUAUCUAAAAUAUUAAGCUUAUAUGAUUUCUUUCUAUAAAUUAAAUUUCAUCAAUUUUAUUAUGAGUAAUAUUUACUAUUAGAAUUCUUUAUUCUAAUUUUAAUUUUAUUAAACAUAAAUUUAUAAUUCACUUAUAUUUCUUUUGUGGUCUCAAUUAUAUCAGAUGAGUAAUUUUUAUAGAAAUUAUAAAUUAUUAAUAUUAACAUAAUUAAAUAUUAUAUUCUAUAAUAUUAUAUUAUAAUAAUAUUAUAUUCUAUUAUAUUCUAUAAUUCUAAAUUAGUCUUCCUUAUCAAAUUUAUAUUAUUUAUUUAUGUAAUUUAUUUUGUUUUUAAAAAUAUUGUUAAAUUAAUAUAAAAUUAAUUUAAUAAAAUAUAAAAAAUAAAUAAAUACAGCUUGGAUAAUAAACUGCGCGUUUAUGUAAAAAAAUUAUUUAAUUAUUUUAGUAAUAAUGCGAAAUAUUAAAAUAAUAUGAAUGCUCAAUUUUUAGUUACAACUAUAUGAUAUUUAUAAUUCGCUAUCAAAAAUUUUUAUUAUAAAAUAGAAUCAAGGACAUUAUUGCGUGAGAAUUGUAUAUAAUGCACAAAUGAAUUUAAUAUAUUAAAUUCAUAUUGAAAUAUUAAUAAAAUUAAUUAAUAUAAAUUUAAAAUAUAAAUUUUUGUUUUAAAAUUAUUAAAAUUUUUGAAAUUUUUGAAAUAUUGACAAAUUAUUCUAUUUAAAAAAGAAAAAGUAAUAAAUAUUAAAAUAUUAUAUUAAUUACAUGUAUAUAAAUUAUUUGUAAUUAUUUUUAAAAUUAUAUAAAUUUAUCAUUGAUGCAAUUAAUCAAGAUUUUAUUAUAGAAGAAAAUACAGUACCUGUUAAUAUUAUCUAUGAUUAAUAUUUUAUUCCUUGUUAUGUUAAUAAUAUUAUUUCCUAAUAUUAAAUAUUAUAAUGCGUUUUAUUAUUAUUAAUAUAUUAUUUGUAUUAUGUUACUAUAUUAUGUAUUGUGUAAGAAUAACUAUAAAUUACUAAUUAUGAUAAAAGAAUUAAAAUUCAAUAAAUAAAUAAUAAAUUUA